UACAGCACUGUAGUAAUUCAAAGGAACUGGCUUGAGUCUAGCGAAUGUCUUAGAUUUCAGGAAACUACUUGAGGAAACGUGGCAGCAUAAAUAUUGGCUUACAGGUUUCUUGCUUGAUGGUGUAAUAUUAACCUGGGAAAAAUCGGUGGAGGGUCUACUCUGGCAGGCUCCGUCUGACAAGGCCCUGUGUCCACUGGCGUGCGCUCAGCACUGGAUUCUGGAUCGCCACUGAGCAGACAUGGCAAACCCCAGGAGGAGCCCGGCAGAGAGCACGGGGUGCCCAACAGCAGCAGUGACCCUGACUAGUGGCAGCCCUAACACAGCCCUAAUGCAGACCAUCACAGUGAAGACAGAGGGAGCGUCGUCAUCCGACUGCACAGAAGCCUGGAGCCUGGACGUGAGGGAGCACGGCGUUCAGGUGCUCUACCUGCCCAGCUUUGACAUUCUGUCCAUCGACGAGAACACGUGGCUAGGGAGGCUCAGGGAAUCGGGGACUGCAACACCUACUGGUGCCCAGCCGCCUAGCCCUGGGUCACCACCUGCAGCCGGCCACCGGGAGCCGGAGCAGUGCCCCCAGGUCCACAGCUCAGCGCUGGGGCUUCCAGGGGAGCUGCACCCUGGGCAGGAGGAGGAUCGCUCCCUGGAACAGAUGCAGACCAUGGUGGUAGAGGAGGUGCUGAAGGACAUCGAGACCGCCUGCAAGCUGCUCAACAUCACACCUGACCCAGCAGACUGGAACAUGGGGAAUGUCCAGAAGUGGCUACUGUGGACUGAACACCUGUACAAGCUGCCCCCAGUGGGCACCGCCUUCCAGCAGCUGGAUGGCAAGGACCUGUGUGCCAUGGGCCCGGACGACUUCCAUAAACUGUGCCCGGAGAGCAGCGACACACUCUACGCACACCUGGACAUCUGGAAGUCAGCUGCUUGGAUGCAUGGAAGAUGUUCUGUUACUGAGAGCCCAACAGCAGGUGGCCAGAGCAUGUGGCCUGAGGCGGACUCGUCCUGCUCUGGCCAGCCGGUGCACCUGUGGCAGUUCCUCCGAGAGCUGCUGCUGAAGCCACACAACUACAGCCGCUACAUCCGCUGGCUCAACAAGGACAAAGGGAUCUUCAAAAUCGAAGACUCGGCCCAAGUAGCUCGCCUGUGGGGCCAAAGGAAGAACCGCCCGGCGAUGAACUACGACAAGCUGAGUCGCUCCAUCAGACAGUACUACAAGAAGGGGAUCAUACGAAAGCCAGACAUGUCUCAGAGGCUGGUGUAUCAGUUUGUCCACCCCGUAUGAGAGUGUGUGUGCAGUGUGCCUUGGGCAGGGCUGGACUGGGCCAGAAAAAAAGGCCCAGGAAUGAUCACAUGGCCCCCUGUAAAUUGCUGGACAGCCUCUAGAAAUAUAUAACAGUAUUGGCCCCUGAGGACUGUUGACCCACCGGGACGUGCUCUGUAUGCCAGAUUACCAGGCCAGGCCUGACCAUGAGGAAGACAUGCUGCCUGUCAAACAGCUAUCCGUUUCCCCAAGGGACUUGUGAGACCUGGAGGAGCAUUUGCAGCCUGUGUUCAGGACUGCCACACAUGACGCUCAUGUUUCAAUGUGUUUGUUUAUUAGCUCUUAAUCUCACAAGACAUUUAGAACUAAAUUGUUUUUUUUUUUAUUCACAACCCGAUGACUCGAGUUACCUCGCAAGCAGCGAGAAAGUGGGAUGUAAAGCUUUGACUCUCAGAGUUUUCUCAGGAAAGGUCAUAAAUGUCUUAAUAGAG